AUUACUAAUCUGGAAAACUAUUAAAAUAUUAGUAUAUUAGUAUAUUCGUACUAAAAAAUAUUUUUAAAUCCUCAAAUGUUAGUAAAUUUAAUAAAAAAUUGAAAUGUUCGGUCUAAACGGCAUCUUCCGAACGAAUACCUCACAGUUUCGGCAACAAUUGAGGUUAGCUCAUAAGAUUAGAGGAAAGGCACCUAUUUAUUGUAGAACAAUAAAGGAACGUAUUGAUGAGUUGAAUUACAAAGAUGAGCUUUAUACAACAAGAAUAGAUAUUGGAUUCCCUCCAGAAAGGAAAGAAAACAUUCGUCAAGAGCAAUUUCAACAUCUUAAGGCUAUUAAAAACGAUAAAACCCUUGAAAAACUAGCCAGAGAUCAAAAACUUUUUAUCGACUUAGAUGAAUCUAAAAAAGUAUGGCUUGAAACAGUGGGUCCUCUACACAAAAAACAAAUUGCUGAUCAUUAUGCUAUAUUUGAACAUUUGUAUGGAGAAGGAUAUUUUAUACCAUAUUUAAAUUUGGAUAUUUUCUAUGAUUUAAAGCAAGAUUCAUGCCUACCUGUUUAUUCUGGAAAUGUAAUUAAACCAGCUGAAGCCAUUGAACCACCUAUUGUCUCCUAUCAAUGUGCUCCAGAUUCUUUAUGGACCCUUGUUCUAACUAGCUUAGAUGGUCAUUUAACAGAAGAAAACAAAGAAUAUGUUCACUGGCUAAUAGCUAACAUACCAGGUAGAGACUUAGACAAAGGUGAUACACUUAUAGAUUAUUUACAACCUUUUCCUCUGAAAGGCACUGGGUAUCAUCGUUAUGCAUUUGUCUUGUACAAGCAAAAUGAAAAAUUAUCAUAUGAAGUACCAAAAGUGACUUCUGAAUCCUCUCUAGAAGACAGAACAUUUGGCACAAGAGAUUGGUAUAAAAAGUAUCAAGAUGUAAUAACUCCUGCUGGCCUAGCAUUCUUUCAAACAUCGUGGGAUUCAACUGUGAGAGACUUCUUUCAUAAAACAUUAAAUCAAAAGGAGCCAAUGUAUGAAUAUGACUUCCCUGAUCCAUACAUAAGACCUCAAGAAUGGUUCCCAUUAAGAAAACCUUUUAAUUUAUAUAUGGAUAAAUACAGGGAUCCAAAACAGAUUAAGAAGGAAUAUUUAUUAAGAAAGCUUCAAUCUGAGGAUCCUUUCAAGAGCCCAUCUCCUCCUCUGAAGUUUCCUAAUGCUCAACCACUACCAAAGUCAAUGCCAUCAUGGUUAAAACUUCACGAAAAGAAAAUAAGAUUAAAGUGGGGAAGAGUGAAUGAUGUGUAAAAUGAAGUAAUAGUAUGUGUAAAAUAAACAUUAGAUUAAAAAUG